CAAUUGUCCGUUGUUAAUAGCACGUGAAAAAAUGUCAGAUUCCAAAAGUAAGAAAGUAUUUGCCGUCAUGAGAAUUAUUUUGAUGUGUGCAGGUUUUUGGAAUCAAUCUAUCAGCAAGAACCGUUUAAUUAACAAAAUUUUCCACGGCUAUUCAGUGUUUGUGAAACUUUCUUGCUUGGUAUUUUGGUUGUUAAUACUAGCCGAAACGUCCCGAUUAAUAAUAUGCCAAUACGAAAUAACUAUUAUUACUGCAAGUGUGGCCAUCUUGCUUACUGAUACCAAGAUUGUCGUAAAAAUCGUGAUUUUUUUAAAACACAACAUCCUGGAUAUUGUCGCAGAUGUAAUUGAGAAUAAGGAUGAAAUCAGAACAGAGCAUUAUAAGGAAAUUAAAAUGUUGUAUGAUAGAAAAGCAAAUUUUUUGAAAUUUGCAAUUAGUGUACUUGGAGGUAGUACUACUGGUGCGGUAUUUUUGCUACAGGGUUCUGGCGGUGCUCUCGUAUUACAAGACAGAAAACAUAACAAACUGUUUAAUGAUACAGUAGAAACCCAUGGUAUGUAUCAAACAAUUUUCCCCCUACACCGAAACAACCAUAUAUAUUGGUUAUUCGCAACUGAAGUGUUUUGGUCAUAUCUUGGAAUAACGGCUAACAUUGUAACACAACUUAUUUGUGUAAUAAUCCUUUUGCACGCUGCGUCGCGAUUAGAAGUUUUACAAGUUCGAUUCAAACAUUUAAUAAUGCCAGACUUUCAAAUAAAGGCAUCUGAUGAAGAUAUGAAAGCAAAGGUGACGGAAUUGAAAAGUAUUAUUAGAAAAUAUCAGCUUACUAUAAGAUUUAUAAAUGAGUUCAACCAGUCAACUAAGUAUAUUACUAUGAUAGAGUUUUGUUUGAGUACAUUCGAUAUGGCAUCAUGCUGUGCCAGUUUAACUAAGAUGAAAGGCUAUGAGUCUGUGUGGUUACUUUUCUUCAUGAUGGUUUUGCUAACGCAAUUGUACCUUAUCGGGUGGACUGCAAACGAAAUCAGAGUCCAGAGCGAAGCCAUUGCCACUGCUCUGUACGAAAGCAACUGGUAUGAGCUGAAUAAAGAAGGCAGGCAGCUUAUAUUAAUUUCAAUGAUACGGGCGCAAAGGCCCUUAAAUAUAAACAUUGGUCCAAUGGGUCCUAUGACUACUAGGUCCAUUCUUACAGUACUUAAAGGGGCAUACUCUUACAUAAACAUCAUGCGUUAAUUUCUGCAUAUUACUUGUGAUGCUUUUUACUACAGACCUGCAAAAAACUGUGUACUUUAGAAGCUGUAGGUUUGUUAACUAGACGGAAAAAUUGAAAAUACAUAUUAAGUUAUUUCUUAAGAGAAACACAUUUUAUGAAUGUAUAGGUUAAUAAUAAAUAAAUAAUGAAGCGUUA